CGCGUGGAGGGCGGAGCGCGUGUCUUCAGAGGUGGAACCAGCGCUCGGGAGCCGGCGCCUUCGGUCCGCACCCCUUCCGUGCCGGCCGGCUCUUCGGCUGCACACUUUUGCCCAAGCCUGGAGACUUAGUGAACAGUGUCUUUCAGAAUUUGCCUGUGUAACUAGUUCCAAUGGCUGGGAAUAAAGGAAGAGGACGUGCUGCUUAUACCUUUAAUAUUGAGGCAGUUGGAUUUAGCAGAGGUGAGAAGUUACCGGAUGUAGUAUUGAAACCGCCCCCACUAUUUCCUGAUACAGAUUAUAAACCAGUGCCUCUGAGAACAGGAGAGGGUGAGGAUUAUAUGCUGGCCUUGAAACAGGAGUUGAGAGAAACUAUGAAAAGAAUGCCUUAUUUCAUGGAAACACCUGAAGAAAAACAAGAUAUUGAAAGAUAUAGUAAAAGAUAUAUGAAGGUGUACAAAGAAGAGUGGGUACCAGAUUGGAGAAGACUCCCAAGAGAGAUGAUGCCAACAAAAAAAUGCAAAAAAGCAGGCCACAAAUCCAAAAAGGCAAAAGUUACAGGCCAAGGCACUUCGCUCACUAAUCCUGCAGACGUAUUGAAAAAGAUCGAGGAACUGGAAAAGAGAGGUGAUGGUGAAAAAUCAGAUGAAGAAAAUGAAGAAAAAGAAGGAAGCAAAGAGAAAAGUAAAGAAGGCGAUGAUGAUGAGGAAGAUGAUGCUGCAGAACAAGAGGAAUAUGAUGAAGAAGAGCAGGAAGAGGAAAAUGACUACAUUAAUUCAUACUUUGAAGAUGGAGAUGAUUUUGGCGCAGACAGUGAUGACAACAUGGAUGAAGCAACCUAUUAGCCUUGAAAUUUCUCAAAAAGUAUUUUUAUGGUACAGCUUCUAACCAUUUGGACAUUUUUUCUAUUUUAUUUCUGAUAAAGAAUGAGUAAGUAUUUUAUUUUUGUUCCUGUUUUGUUGUACAAAUAUUUGUUACCAAAAUAUUCAGAACCACUUUGAGUUCACAUACUAGUUACCUUACCAAUGAGUGUCUGAUACUCUGACAUUCCUUCUCAACACCUCUGUCAUCCCUCUUCUGUGUUUGAGUGGAUUUUUUUUGUAUUAUUUGGAUUAGAAUGUGCCUAAAGAGUUUUUGCAUCUUUUAACCUAUGUAUUCAUACUUGAACAAAUUAUUCUUGUUUAACUGCUGAUCUUUUGUAAAACUGUUACUAGUCAUCAUAAUGGAUUUCUGUAAUCUGAAAGUUGAUUUAAUACUGCACAUGGAGCACUUUAAAAACAAAAAACUUGAAAAUAAUUUUCUUUUUUACUUUUACAUGGUAUGUUCUGUGCUGCUAUGUUAUGACUACAUAAACCUACCUGAGCUCUUACAAGUGCAUAUUUUAUGAGAUUAGAAGUUUUGUGAUCAAAAAUGUACACAUAGGGAAAAAGGCCAAUCUAAGCUAUAUGAAUUUCAUAGCUCACAUCUCAGCCACUACAAAGACUUGGGAUGAAUAUUAAAAAUACUUGAAUUUUGGGCUAACUUCAUGCCAUAAAGUAUAUGAAUUAAUUAUCCCACUGCAAUAAAUUUGCUAUCUUUGAGUAGUUGGGCUUAUGAAAAAUUAGACUGAGACAUCUUAUUUAAUUUUGUACUUUACAAAAAUGUGGGGUAAGUUCUAGUUGUAUAAAUCUCACUGCAGAGUGCGUGUGUUUGAAAUCUGUCAGGUGUAGUGGCCUCUGUUACAUUUUACAGGACUCAUAGCUAUCCAGUUGCAGAAAAGUGCAGAAUAAAACUCAGGUCAUUUUAAAAUUAACAUUAAUCUUUUUUGUUUAAAUUAAAAACUAGCUCCCCUGCCUUUUUAUAUUGGGAGGAGGUCCCUAAACACCUCAGCCUCCAAAAAUGCCAAAGAUUUUCAAGGAAAUUCAUAUUAUAUAUUUCAAAAAUGACUUAUUAAUAUUACCCCCUAAAAGAAAUAAAUGUAUUUUUCUCUUUUGGGAAGAUAUCACCCAUUACCCUUGGAGAAUCAGAGCCCUACAUUCUAUUUUUACCUUUACUAUUAAACUCAACCUUGAAAUUGAGCUUGGUUAAGUUCUCUGUGCCUUAGUUUCUCCACUUAUAAACAAUUCCCUAGAAAAAUUGCUUAAACAUCCACCCAAAUUCACAUACAUAUUCAUUCUCUUACCUUAUAGAAAUGAUCACUUCUUAAUUUAAAUUUGGCUGUCACUCUGAAAGAUUCUGGCUUGGAAAGAGAUAGAUUGAAAACACAUUUUUGAGAAACAAACAUGGUUUCUUCACAAAAUAUAUUUAAUCUGAUUUUCCCAUCUUGUAUCCUAUUGGGGAAAAUUGGAGAAAAUUUAUAUUGUCUUGUGCCAUUUUGUAACAUGGCUUUCUCAGGAAAAAGAUCACUUUCAAUUGUAAUUCUUGCUUAGAUAAUUCAAGAUGGCUGUGAGGACCAUUUUUAGUUCAGUGCUGUGUUGGUCAUAGGUGAAUUGUUUCUUGUUUAAAGGAGCUUAUCAAAAAACUUAAAGAUUCUAAAUGGGAAAUAUGAAUAAAGCAAGUCUACUUUAAAGCAGCAACCUGCUGUACUUAGGGUAGAAACCUCACGUGAAGUUUUCAGCUGUGAUGAGCAAAUAGUCAUUUAGGAUUGGUAAUUAACAUAGGUGUUUUAUUCUCUCCCCUCCUUAGUACUGUAGCCAAAUACCAUUUAAUUUAUAGAAACUUUCUCUCUCUGGUUCUGUUUGCUUGCUUUAUUAUAAAUCUGCAGAUAACCGCUUGAAUCGGGCAAAUACACCUAAGAUAACAGGUAUUGCUUUUCCUGGCUUUCAGUUUGUCUUCGCAGUUUCAGUCCUGCAGGACUGGCUCUGGGAGGCCCCAGCCAUCUCCCUUCAGCACACUGUCUUCCCCUUUGGAGGAUCUUUUUACAAGUUUAAAGGAGAUAAUUGUGAGAACAGGCAGGAAGUAUUUGCAGGUUGCUUUACCAGCAUGAAUGUUAUUUUUCUGGCUUAUAACCUCAAGAGACUGAAGUUAUUCCAUAGGAAGGUAAACUUUAAUGCAGAGAUAAUCUCUUAUAUAUAAAAAAGUACUUGUUGGUGAAGUGUCUUUAAAAUUGCUAUAUAACAGGUGAAAAAUUGUUUUGUUGCUAUAAAUGCUUAUUUUUCUGUAUUUUACACAUUAAAUUCUUACAAAAUUG